CUUGUGCCCAUUUGGAGUCCAAGUACAGUCCCGGUUGUCGGGGGUGCGAGGUCCGUGCUGCCAUGGGGGGAGCUGCCAGGAUGUGGAUCGCGUUUGUUGGAUGUCGGAGACGACUAGAAUUGUAAGUGGCCCUUUAAUGAGCGUUGCGGAGCGGGAUCAGUUGCCCCUGGCGCGCGGGUGAUGAGCCAGUUUGAGGUGAGGACCACAGGGAUUGGGACAAUAUCCCCAGCUCGACACUGCAAGUGUCUUUCUUGGGAUGACCGAUGGAGGCCAUCGAAUUCCGUUCAAAGUAUAAGAAUGAAUCAAAGUAAUGACUGAAAAAGCUCACUGGAAUGACAAGCUGUUGGUUCCUACGAGGACGACGUCGAAGUAGAGGGUGGCGUUUGCUAUCUUGGGUCCGAAGGUCGGUAAUGCUCUUCAGGCGUGAUACAUAGCAUUUAGAAGGGGACAGAGAAGGAUCAGUUACAGUUAGAAUUGUUUUGCCAGGACUUAGAAUAAUAGACUUACAAUGGUCGCGAACAUCUGCGACAUUCUUCUUGUAGACGAGACCAGAGAAAGACGCGUCGAUGUCGCUUCGGAUGGACCGCCAUCUUUGUUGUUGUCUUAUGAUUCUGAAUCGUUAGGACGUGAUGGUUCUGUAACAUUGCCGAUCACAUUCCAAACAGGAUCUGACAACCGAGAGUUCCUGAAACGAGCUCAUGACGUUGGGGCAUUUGAAUCCUUCGAGGACCGCAGACGUAAGAGUGCGAAGCUCGAUGAGCAGCUCGAAUGCCUACAAUCAGUUCUGCCAUGUUCCACCAAGAUGAGCAAAGAGAGAACAUCUGUAGUCUCGGAUGCAUAUCGGUACAUUGGGACCUUGCAAAGGCAACUGGAAGAGCUCAAAGCUCAGGUUCCGGAGGAAGCUUAUUCUGCCAGAACGCACCCUAAGGAUUACGAGUCGAGAGAAAUGCUUGAUCAGCGGAAUUGCUCGAGACAGCAGUGUGAAUCACUGGAACGGUGUCCUAUGGUGGAGGUGGUAAAACGUGAUGGACUCCUGGAAGUAUGCAUAGUAUGUGUCAAUCGUCCGGGGCUUCUUGUUGACGUGAUGUCAGCUGUUGAAUCAAGAAGUUUCGAUGUGGUGCAAGUUCGGAUUGCGUGCCAUGAUGACAUCGUGGUGGAGUACUUGAGUUUAGAGAGUGAGGACUCUUUAAGCAGCUACUCAGCAGAAGUUGAGAAGGAUAUAACUUCCGAAGAAGACAGCGUUAAGACAAUGUUUGUGCAUGCCAUCUGCAAAGAAGGCUUCGAUUGCGUUCUGUAAUGAUAUUGCCCAAAGGUUGUUUGCUUCUCAAGUCACCGAAAGAAUUUGAAAACGUCGAUCAUUUCGAACAGGCUUAAAUUUCUCUUCGUUCACUAUUGAUUAUUGCAAUCAUAUCCGUAAAUAUCCCUGGAGAAUCUCAAAGGUUCAGUACGACAGUAUAUCACUCGGCAAAGCUUGGCAUCAACGAUUGGCAUGUACCAUUAGGGAGUACUGAAGAUUUUAUGUACCAUUAGCAGCUCUAAGAUCACCUGGCCCUGAGAAAUACCCAUUGCGGAGCACACCUUGAGCCCACAUCGGUUCGGUAAUUCAGUCUUGGAUUCUUCAUUGCCCAUCCGAACAUAGAUUCGACUCUGACGCUAAAAUUAGUCUAGUUUCAGCGUUGACACUGCAAUGAUUCCACCUUGUAACACUGAUCUAGUUUAUUUAGAACCAUUGGUGUCAGCAACCAGUUUGUACAUCGUUGUUAGCACCGUGAUGGUGCAAUAGUUCUUUAUGUUCAAUGCCGUGUCUCCCUUCAGGAAGAAGCUGAUGAGUCCAUUGUUGAAGGCUCUGUAGAGGUGCCCUUCGUUGAAAGAGGUGUUGAUGAGCGAGGUGACGUCUUGAUCCAUCGUAUCCCACAUUUUGAUGAAGAAUUCAGUGGAAAUGGUGUCCUCGCCUGAGGCUUUAUUCUUGAGGUGGUGUUUCGCAGCCUUGUGAACCUCCAUCAUAGAGAUGGAGGUAGUGAGUUCUUCAUUUUGCAAAGGGGUGACCUUCAUCGGCACACUCCGUAGGCAACCGUCUCGCACUGCUUAGUUAUUCUUGGCCCUCGGGUCGUUUGUAUACAAAGUUUUAUAGAAUUGGUGGACGUGCGUUUUCGUGUUCCUACCGUUGGUAAUCACUUGAUCGCCAAUUCUAGCUCUUAUGUUUUUAUUUUUAUGAAAUUCAAAAAAAAAAAAUUGAGCAUUUGUUA